UGUCGGUCGUUGUGCCCUCUGCUCUGGUUGGACCCGGAGUCCCGGACCCAAACUGCCUGGCGUGCUCUUCUCCCAGCCGCCCAGCAACAUCGACUCCCCUCGGCGACCCCAACUCCGGCGGCGGCGCUGCAGGUCGAAGCGCGGCAGGAGGCGGCGCGUCUGAGCAGCCGGCGGCCAGCGGAGGAGGAGGGGUCCAUAAGGCGGCGUCGCGGUAACCGGUCGGGCGAGCGGCGAACGGACGAAGGCGGCCGGAAGAGGGGGCGCCGGAGCGAUGUCGAAGCGGUUGAUGGAGCGGAUGCUGGGGAUGUUCCGGUCGCGGACGCAGGUGGGCGUCGACAGGGCCGGCAACCACUACUUCUCCCGCGUCGAGGAGGUCGACGGCGCCAUGAAAGAGAAGCGGUGGAUUGAGUUCAAGGGCGACCGGGACCCGACCACUGUUCCAGUUGAGUGGAUUUGCUGGUUGAAUGGACAAAGGAAGAAGGCUCCAACACCAGAGGAAUUAGCUGAGCUGGAGGCGAGGCGUGAACGCGUGAAGCAAAAUGUUGAACUUCUUAAAAAGAAAGAAGAAGAGGAAAGAAGGUCUGGUGUCCGACCAGUCAAGACAAUUGGGAAAACGGAUUCUCCAAAUCUGAGAAGUUUUACACAGCAGUUCCCUGGUACAUCUGAAGAUAAAAAGAAAGAACCUGAGAAGGUGUCUAAGCCCAAUGAUGUGACUGAUGCAGAAGAUGCCAGAACAGAUAAUGACAGGUCUUCUGAGCCAACAGGUACUGGUGCCAGUUUUAAACCAGGGACUUGGCUGCCACCGUCUUGAAUGCCAACCUAUAAUUGCAGCUGACCAAGUGUCUCUGCUUGAGCUUUUUUUUCGUGGCCUACCUGCUGUCAGUUCUGAUAGAUUAUUCCAAGAUUAUGUCCCUUAACCAUUUUGAUACAAGAAAUGGGGAAUUUUGUAUUUUGUGUAACACCAUAUGCCUGCCAAUUGAUAAAGUUCAGUGAGGUCGCACCUCACUAAGCAACACUGGCACUCUCUCUUUUGGUUUUCUUUUUCUGAAGUCUUCGGUGCUAGUUUUGAUAGCAAAAAGUUUGGAAGACAACUAAUCAUGCUUCUUUUAUGGAGUUAGAGGUCUGCUUUUUGUUUGCAUGGUGUAACAACUGAAAUUGGUGCAAUAUUACUGUCUAAGAUGCAAAGUUACAUGUAAACUUGUUU